UGGACCUUCAUCUCUAUAAUUUUGAGUUGAAAGACAAUGGCAAUUUGCAUUAACAAAACCUAAACCCCAAAAACCUCCACCAGAAAACGGAGCCCACAACCAAUAUCCCACUCUCUCCAAUUUCAACCCUUUCCUCCGCUUCCAGCCCUUUCCUUAGUUCUUCCGUUCUUCAGACUCCAAUCUCACUUCUUUCUCUGAAUCGCCUUUCUUUUCAACUAAUCUUAUUAUUGUCUCUGUUAUUUAUUUUCUGGAUUAUUGCACCGCCGUUCUUCACGUUAUCGCUGUUUAUGCUCACAUUGCUGUUCUUCGAGUUUGUUUUUAUCUGAUUUCGCUUCUGGGUGUGUUUCAAUUUGUUAAAAAAUCACUGCUUCGUUCUUGGAUUAGCAGCUGCUUCUUAGUUUUUCAGUUUGUAAUUGGGGGCACUGCCUAUUUUUCUCAAGGACAUGACUUAGAUCUUGGUUUUGAUGGAUGGGUAUGUUUCUUCUUCCUGAGGAGACGCCUAGAACAUGCUCUCUCUGCGACCCAUUCGCAGAUUCUGCCAUGCUGCUACCGUCAUUCCAUCUACAGACACCACUGCGGCUGUAUUGAAUCACGUUCAGAACUCAAAAUCUCUCGAGGAACCUGCCCUUGUGAAGCUUAAAGCAGAACGAGACCCCGAAAAGCUGUUCCAUCUCUUUAAAGCAAAUGCGCACAAUCGGCUUGUGAUUGAGAAUCGAUUUGCUUUCGAAGACACUGUGUCUCGACUGGCUGGAGCUCGUCGCUUUGAUUACAUUGAGCAUUUACUUGAACAUCAGAAGACACUUCCACAGGGACGCCGUGAAGGAUUCAUUAUAAGGAUCAUAAUGCUAUAUGGUAAGGCUGAGAUGAUCAAGCAUGCCCUUGACACUUUUUAUGAUAUGCACUUAUAUGGGUGCCUUAGGACUGUUAAGUCUUUUAAUGCUGUGCUUAAGGUUUUGAUGAAGAGCCGUGAUUUAGGAGCCCUUGAGGCAUUUUUAAGUGAAGCUCCUGAAAAAUUCGAUAUUGAGUUGGAUAUUAUUUCUGUUAACAUUCUUGUUAAGGCGUUUUGUGAUUUCGGUUUUUUAAAUAGAGCUUAUCUUCUCAUGUUAGAGAUGGAAAAACUGGGAAUAAAACCAGAUGUGGUUACCUAUACGACAUUAAUUUCGGCUUCUUACAAGGAUAGACAAUCUGAAAUUAGUAAUGGUCUGUGGAAUCUAAUGGUUUUGAGGGGUUGUUUGCCCAAUCUUACUACUUUCAAUGUGAGAAUUCAACAUUUGAUUGAGAGGAGAAGAGCGUGGGAUGCUAAUAAAUUGAUGAAAAUGAUGAGGAACAUUGGGAUUGUACCGGAUGAGGUUACUUACAAUCUGGUAAUAAAAGGUUUUUGUCAAGCCGGGUUGCUUGAUAUGGCCAAAAGGGUUUAUUCUGCUUUGCAUGGGAGUGGUUAUAAACCGAAUGUCAAAAUUUAUCAAACCAUGAUUCAUUAUCUGUGCAAAAGUGAGGAUUUUAAUCUUGCACACACAAUAUGCAAAGAUGCCAUGAACAAGAAUUGGUUUCCAAACAUUGAUACAAUUCAUUCAUUACUUAAGGGCCUCAACAAGAUGGGAGAGGCUGGUAAGGCUCAAUUGAUCCUAGCAUUGGCAAGGAAAAGGGUACCUCCUUUCUCUAAAAAUCAGUUGGAAGCUUUGAAUACCACACUGGCCAAUAGCUGAAAAGAGAUUUGUAGAAUGGUGCUAGAUAAAAUGUAACAGAAAGCUCAAAAGGAACUCAUAUUCUUUCUUUUACUUCUAUUUGUAAAGUAUAAAGCUAAUUGGACACUGAUUUUUCAUGGGGUUACAUUUUCAAAAGGUUUCUCUUUCUCUCAGUAAUUCAAUAAAGUCUGUCUCAAGAUGAGAGUUCUGAAUGGAACAGCUGACAUUUACCAUGCCCUCUGUGAGUUACUGUCCAAAUCUCUCUCUAGUCUCUACUUGGGCAACACAAAUGCAUUCCUAAGUACACAGCAUUCUAUCUACGAUACAAUUUGUUACUAUUCCAACUAUUUGUACACAUAUUUUUACACGUUCUUAUUUCUUUUCAUUCAUUGUCUUUUGGAAUUCAAUUUGAUUUUUAAUAUUUACCCCAAGAGGCCAUUUGUAGGGCUUAUGUAAUGCAUUAUACAGCCAAAAAAAAAAAAAUCCCAAGGGUCAUUUGAUCAUAGUUUUGUUGAUGAAGUGCAAUAGUGCAUAUAAGUAUUUUAUCAAUGCGUUUGUUAGGGUAACACUCAGCACAUGUAAUUUGUUAUAGUUUUAUUCUUUUGUUAGAAGGUGGAUUCUUUGUUGUUACCCUGUUUAUGGUAUCGCAUAGAUUUUGCUGCUGUGUUAUAAAAUCAGGCAUGCAUGGACUUCUUUUGUGAUGGCUUUCUAAGUUCUAAUAAUCUUUGGUCAUUUUGGCAUCGGUGCUCUCAAUGCAAUGGCAAUGGGCAUAAGGGCAAAACCUUUCCUAUUGGAUAUUUUUUAAUGUUGUAUAGGUAAUUUCAAAUUUUGUUUGUUAUCAUUCCUGAACAUCAUUUCCAAGCAUAUGUAUAUGUAUGUAUAACAACUCCUUUUGUAGAAUUAAAACAUCGGUCAGAAAGCAUUAGAUCAUACUUUGCAAUGACCUAUUCAGACAUAGGUGUUGAAUUCUUUUAGUAUGAAUCAUUUGUGCUUAUUUUGCUCUUACCCUUGCUUUGAAUUCAUACCUGUUGGAAAAGCAGCAAAGCUUGAUUUUAACACGACACAAGUUUUAUUAUGACACUUCAAUCUGGUAUAUAGACAAGAAACUUAAUCUGCAAGACGAAGAAAACAAAAGUAGAUUGUCAGAAAUAAUGUGAAAUACAUGUAUAUGCACUGUAUAUGUUGAUUAUAAAUUUAGUGCCCUUUUACUUCUAGAAACCAAUGCAUAUUAAUAAUGUUUUAAGCUCCGUCUGUGUCUGAAUCUAUCAUCUUGGUGUCCACCAUUCGGAUUUGGUGGAGAAUAAUAAAAUGUGAUACAACUUACAGAUGGUAGCAUGUACGUUAAGUUUUCCCUUUCGAUGGGCUAAAACUGAUGUCUAUGGAAAAUGGGGAAGGUUCAUUUUGUCUGCUCCGUUGGUUUGACAAGGUUUCUUAAGCUGUUCAUAGGCUGACAUUUGAUGAAAAACUCGGCAAAAGCUUUUAUUUUGGCGAGCAUCUUGAUUUGUCUUUGGUGAUAUCUCUAGUCUUGACUAUAUCUCCAAGGAACUAGGCAGACAGCAAGAAGAGAGAGAGAGAGAGAUAGAGAGAAAGACACCAUAUGAAGUUGAAUGGAGUGGAAAAACACAUACAUACAUAAGCAGUGGCCGUUUGUUCUCUGACUUGAAUGUUGCUAGAUUCCUUAUUUUUCACUUGGGAUCCUAUUUUCUUUGAAGGGAGGACGUUUCUGAAUUUUGGUGCCUGUGUUUCCCUUGCCAUAGAUUCUGUUCUUUUCUGAGCUUUUUUCCCUUUAUAUUUGAAUGUCAUUAGGUGAAAGGGAAACGCUCAAAGGCAGACUACAGCAAUAAUCUGCCAUAUUUUGGGGUAACCCUCUGAUGUAAAUAUUUAAGGGGGAAAUUUUUGGUUGAUUGAAUCUUUCAUUACUGUCCUUUUUUAUAAUAAUUUGAUGAUAACAGAAAUUAGUUAAUAAGGAGACUUGUAAUACUCCUUAUCUUGUACUCAUAAACAAUUCACAACAAUAAUUUUCAAAUACAUUUUUCUAUUUUUCUA